ACUUAUCGAAACUUUGAACCAAGCAUUCAAAUGUUGAACACUGGAAUUUGGUCGACUCCAGCGCUCGCUCUCGUGUAGCAUGUCCAGCCUGUUGUAGAUCAUUCGCGCAGGAAGAUUUGGCGCUUGAGAAAUCCAUUCGAAUCCCCAUGGCCCAGGGCAGCUUGAUAGUUUGCAAUGCCGGCACGAUCUCUCGCCCCGUUUCGCGAGCGAAUGGAUUUGUCGGCCUUUUCGAAGGCGGUGGGCGAUUCGCAGCCGGUUGUAAGGAGCUCAGGUUGUGCGCCGGGAAGGAGGGGUUGAAGCGCACGAGAUUUAGUGCCAGGGCCUCCAUGGAAGAGUUUUUGAAGGUAGACGGGACCAAGAAAAUAGGCGUGGAUUCUAAGGUAUGGCUGAAUUUGAUUGAUGCCGAGCUUCAACGAGGGAAUGAGAAGCAAGCUCUGGAGCUGGCUAAGCAACUUCGUGCCUUCGGAGCGGCUCAAUUGGAAACGAGGCCUUCCUAUCAUGUGCUUCAUUAAACCACAACAUGCAACGCCCUGUGCAGGAGCAGUAGCAGAUGUUCCACAAAGAGCGUACACACUUGAGGAGCUCCGUCUGAACAAAAUUGAAGCAGAAAAGUUUUUAUCUCCAGUCGAUUCUACUCUUGGUUCCAUACGAGGAAACUUGCAGGUGGCAGCUGUUCUACUCGGAGUGACUACAUGGAGGGUUCUGGAUCUCAACCAAUAUCAAUUACUGUCUGCUGUAGUGCUGUUCGUGUUUCUUGGGACUGUGGAUCAGAUUGCGAACGGCGGAGGGGUUGAAGCCUUACUCCUUGAUACAAUCGGCCGACUUUUAAGUGAGAAAUACAGAGAUAGAGUCGCCAAGCAUGAAGCAGGACACUUCUUGGUUGCUUAUCUGAUGGGAUUCAUGCCUAAGAGCUAUACUCUAUCCAGCCUUGAUGCGUUUCAAAGAUUUGGAGCACUCAAUGUACAAGCUGGAACUACUUUUAUAGACUUUGAAUUUCAGGAGGAGGUCCAAGGCGGAAAGGUCUCUUCCGGGACUCUCGACAAAGUUUCUUGUAUAGCAUUGGCAGGAGUUGCAACAGAAUACAUCCUGUACGGUGUUGCCGAAGGUGGCUUAUCAGACAUUAACCAGUUGGAUGAGCUGAUGAAGAUCCUGGGUUUUACGCAGCGUAAAGCUGAUAGUCAGGUGCGUUGGGCGGUUUUGAACACUGUAAGCAUAUUGAGGCGACACUUGAAUCUUCAUAGUAAACUAGCGAACUUCAUGUCAGCGGGAAAAUCUGUCCUAGAAUGUGUUGGUCUAAUUGAAGAGGAGCUGGCUGAUUCCAGCAACAUCUAGUUGGUCAAAAAUCAAUGUAAAUUUAUCCCACGUACAUACUUUGAUGUAUUAUUGAACAUUAUUCUAGCCCGCGAACCUGGUACGUGUUCAAAUCUUCAAGGCUUCGGAAAGGGAUCAUCCGGUUUCUUUCCAAUCCUUGCUGUUUUUGUGGACUGUUAAGAUGACCCUCAGGUCUUCCCACUGCUCGAUAUUCAGCCAUGAAGUCCUAACCUGUAGACAGGUAAUUGUGACUUGGGACGUUUUGCAGUUCUCAUUUUACAAAUAUUACAGAUUCCAUUAAGUGGGAGAGUAUAUUACCACUGCUUACUCACGGUGAUUCAUCCGGCUUCAGAGCAACAGAUUGCUCGGUAACCUUGAGGUCAAGCAAGAUUGUCAUCUGGCCAUCUUUCAAGGAGAAUUAUAUCUGAGCGUUGGACGCGGCGUUGCAAUAGACUCUGGUCACUGCAAUGGCCUUCUAUGAUCCGCCGAGAGGGUGCUAUUGUUUGAGUGUAAGCAGUAAAACAUUUUAAACCGUUACCUAAUCUCUCGAUUAGGGUCUGCAGGGUAAAGCUCACCUUAAGGCCAUCGCUACAGAAGGCAGACUUUUGCUCUUGACAUGCUCUUCUUCAUCCGUAGUGAAACGUGUAGAGGGAAACUGGCUGGAAUAGUUCUGAAAUGGAGGGAAGAAUCAGACCCAUUCAGUUUAUAGUGCCGCCAAAAGCUUUACAGUCGAUAAACAUAAAACACGGAGGUCAAAAACAGUUAAGGCCGCGGAGACAAUUGACAGUAUGGCCAUGUCCGAAGCUACACCACCAAUUGUGCCACCCUUCUUCUUUGUUGUCACUUUUUCUCGCAGACUGAAGUUGGUGAAAGAUGAAAACUAGUCAAACGUCUUCCGCGUGGCGUGAGGGUGAGUUUUAGUUCCAAAGUUACGUCUUCCUCGCUCGGCGAGUGCACUACUUCAACGAGUGCACCCCGAGAUGCAGCACUCGAGUCUCUAGAGGCUGAAAAAGAUCGUUUGCUACAAUCAUAAUAUCUACCACACAAUCUACA